AUGGCGGUGUCCUCAAGGAACAAAACUUGGCCUAUCUUGUUUUUAGUUAUAAUUAAUGAUCAGAAAAUGAAGUCCCUAAGCUCCUCUCAUUGGAAAUACGUUGACGAUGUAACGAUUUCUGAGGUUAUAAAAGAAACUGUGGAAUCGCGAUUACAAACUGAACUCAAUGAACUCCAACAAUGGGCAUGUGAGAAUGAUAUGAAACUGAAUGGGUUAAAAUGCAAGGAAAUGAUUGUCAGCUUUUUACGACAAAGUGAUAACUAUACUCCAUUACACAUUAAUGAUCAACAAUUGGAACUGGUUACAUCUUUCAAGAUUUUGGGUUUGACUAUUAAUAAUCACUUUAAAUGGAAUGAUAACGUUGCAAUUAUCGUAAAAAAAGCGUCGAAACGCCUUUACAUCCUUCGGGUGUUGCGUCGAUCUGGAAUUCCAUCCGCUGACUUGCUCUCAAUCUAUAACGCCUUAAUCAGAUCUGUUUUGGAAUAUGCUUGUGCAGUUUGGCAUACCAGCCUACCUCUGUAUCUUUCCAACAAAAUUGAACGGGUGCAGAAACGUGCUCUGCGAAUUCUGAUUAUGCGGGGCCCUAUCUAUCAGUCGUUGUUCUCGCCUUGA